GCAAUUCUGUCAGGGACGCUGUUAGCAGCCUGUUUUCAGGAGGAUUCGGAGGAACUAGCUAAGUAGCAAUACAACCCAAGACCAUGGAAAUCGACACACUCACGGGAGCUUUUAAUGAUUUCGAAAAGAAAGGGAAGAAAGAAACGUGCCCUGUGCUGGAUCAAUUUUUGUGUCACAUUGCAAAAACUGGAGAUACAAUGAUCCAAUGGUCCCAGUUUAAAAGCUACUUCUUGUUCAAGCUGGAGAAGGUUAUGGACGACUUCCGGGCGUCGUCUCCAGAGCAACGGGGUCCAGCCAACCCCAAUGUGGAGUACAUUCCCUAUGAUGAGAUGAAGGAGAGGAUACUGAAGAUUGUGGAUGGGUACAAAGGGAUCCCCUUCACAAUACAGCGCUUAUGUGAACUCCUUACUGAGCCGAAGAGGAACUACACAGGGACAGACAAGUUCCUAAGAGGUGUGGAGAAGAAUGUGAUGGUGGUCAGCUGUAUAUAUCCAAGCUCUGAGAAAAAUGGGUCAAGUAACAUGAGCAGAAUGAAUGGGGUGAUGCUGUCUGGGAAUUCGUCCAUCUACACAGACAGGAAUGUCAAUGGGCCAGGCUCUCCUAGGAUCCUGAACAGACCCUCUGCGAAGCUCUCUUUAUCGAGCCCGGCGGCCACCAACGGCCUGCCAGAUAGCACAGAGAGCAAGGACUCGCCCACGGAGUCAACAGAAAAAGCCCUCAGUGAUUCGUCGUCGUCGUCGUCGUCGUCAUCAGAGGCAGACUCAUCCCACUGCAGCCCGAUGAAGAACAAGCACAUGGCAGAGGAUGAUGAAGACGAUGACUCUCCUGAGGCAGAGAGGCAGGAAGCCAAGCGGCUCAAGUUCGACAAAGACGAGUUAGAGGAUGAGGAGGAGGAGGAGGAGGAGGAAGAGGAGGAGAAUGGCGAAGAAGAUGAGGAGGAAUACGAGGAAGGCAAGUUCUCACCGGAUCCUAUUGGAUCCGAGGACUCCUCCUCCAACACACCGCAGUCUUCCACGGACGUUGCCAACCCAUCAACAGAGAGCAAAGCAGUGGAGGAGAGCGCUUCUGAUCAAGAGCCAUCCAGCACACAGAGUGAGCCCCUGGAGAGUGCAGACAGCAAAUCAGAGGGGGAAGCCUCCCCCGGGCCCGCCGACAGCAAGGAGAGUGGCGUCAAAACGGACCAAUCGGAGGAGCCGGCACCGACUGCUGGCCCAGGGGUAGAGGAGCGGCCAGAGAGCAGCGGAGACCCCGUCAGCAGCAGCAGCAGCAGCAGCAGCAGCGGUGGUGAAGAAGAGACGUCUGGUGACUCCUCGGCUCGUGCUGACCCCAGCAGCCCAGUAGAGGACAGUGUGAGUGUGAGUACAAGCGUGGUGGGGAGCAGUUUGGACAGCUCGGAAACACCGUCAGAGGAGCAAAUGGACCAGGACUAGCGGACCAGACAGGAGCAGAAGCAAGGCCCCUGCUCAUGCUGUACUGACAAAUAAAAGCCAGACAUUUGACCAAUACCAGUGGACCUCUCAGCAGUAAUGCC